AUGAUCGACGACGGCGUGCCCGUUGUCGACGAGACAUUCGACGGCCGGACUCACAACGAUGACCCUGAUAGACGCGUGCUAGCUUCAGCUCUGCCAGUCGGGUCCUCAACAACAAACCCAGAUACGCAGCCACCAAUGCAGGACGCAGCGGCCGGUACCAAUUUGGAUGUGGAACCAGGACAUAUAGAUAGGCCGCUGAAUGUGACAGACGCGCUAUCAUACUUGGACGAUGUAAAGCAGAAGUUCCAGGCGAAUCCGGAAGUGUACAAUCGGUUUUUGGACAUCAUGAAGGACUUCAAGAGCCAGCUUAUUGACACUCCUGGAGUCAUUGAACGCGUGUCUAAUCUCUUCCAUGGCCACCCUACUCUUAUACAAGGCUUCAAUACAUUCCUCCCAGCUGGCUACCGCAUUGACUGCACCACAGACUCCCUGAACCCGAACACAAUUACCGUCACAACGCCAUCAGGCACAACGAGACAACCUACGAAUGGCCCAUUCGCUUUUGGCCCGGCGGCCUCCAAUGUUUCCGUUCCAAAGGCCGCACAGCCGCCGCCACCAUCUGAAGCGGAGUCUUCGCAGGCUCCUCCUGUGAACCUGGGACCAGCUCUUGCGUACAUUCAGCGAGUCAAGACACACUACGCGAACGAGUCAGACAAGUACCGGCGCUUCUUGGAGUUCCUCACCCCGAGGCCGGGUAUGGGCCCAGGGGCAGGGCCGUCUAGCCACGAGGUGCGCGAGCUAGAGCAGUGGGCGGUCGCAUUCCUGUCGGCGAGGUGUGCCCAGGGCGACGUUGUGCAACGCAUUGGGAAGCUGUUCCACGACGCACCGGGGCUCAUGAAGGACUUCAUUGAGUUUAUACCCGACAAACACGCACAGGAGAUGGAGCUGGCGCGACUUGCAGAGCUUCAGGAGACGCGGAAGAUGGGCACGCCUGCAAGCGAAACCAAAGGCUCAAGGCGGAAGGGAGACGCCUCUUCUGUUGCUUCAAAUGCUGCAUCAGGGUCGGGUGUACCCCAGAAACGGAGGAGGAAGCCAGCCGACAAGGAUAAGGACAAGGACAAAGACAAGGAUAAGGAAAAAGAAAAGGAAAAAGAGAAGGAGACUCCCAAGCCAGCCCCGAGCAAGGCUAAGAAGGCCCGAGCAGCUCAAAUCCACCCAAACGAGACUACCUCUCCCUCGCUCUCGCAACGCAAUCCUGCUGCUCCUUCAUCUCCUCGCCGACAAGCUCACGCGCAGUCUUCGUCUCACAUGCAGCACCAUCCACCACCACCUGCUCUUCCACUUCCUACUCCGGCUGCUACCGCACCAGCACCGCCGCCUCCACUCAGCCCUGCUGACGAGACACAAUUCUUCGACCGCGUUAAACGGGCACUGGACAAUCGUGAGACCUACAACGAGUUCUUGAAGCUCGUCAACCUAUUCACGCAAGACAUCAUUGACACUGCACGGCUUGUGCGCGAAAGUCGAUCCUUCUUAGGCGAUGGAGAGCUUAUGGCACAGUUCAUGGAUAUAUUGGGUUGGGAUGAGCGACGAGAUAGGAUCGCAGUGGAUGAAGACAUCUGGACAAGACCAAUGGCUGCGCUGGAUAGGCCUAGUCGCAACCAGCUUAACAUUCGAUAUGGCAGCUACAGGCGACUACCAAUGAAUGAGGUGAACGUUAUAUGUUCUGGCCGAGACGAGAUGUGCAAGUCAGUUCUCAACGACGAGUGGAUCUCACAGCCCACAUUUGCUAGUGAGGAUGCCGGCUUCCAGACGCACAGGAACAAUGUUUUCGAGGAAGCCCUUCAUAGGAGUGAGGAGGAGCGCCAUGAAUACGACUUCCACAUAGAGGCUAUACAGCGGACUAUUAACAUGCUUGAGCCGCUCAAUAACAAGAUUGCGCAGCUUAGUCCUGAGGAGCGUAGCACCUUCAAGCUUAAACCCAAUCUAGGCGGAGUGGGCAAAAGCGUUCAUCUACGCGUGCUGAAGAAGAUCUACGGGCGCGAAGCAGGUUUCGAGGUAUACCAAGCUAUGCAGGACGUGCCAGCGCUCGCCAUCCCCGUAGUCUUGUCGCGGCUCAAAGUCAAGCACGAGGAGUGGAAGCGCGCGCAGCGCGAAUGGAACAAAGUGUGGCGGGAGGUCGACGCGCAAAACUAUCAUAAGUCUCUUGACCAUCAAGGGGUCACGUUUAAGGCAGCAGAUAAGAAAGUGAUCACCGCCAAAUUCUUUGUCAACCAGAUCGAGGCGGCGCGGGACGAGCAGGUGGCGAAACGAGCCGCCCUCAUUGACCCUCUUUUUGCGCGGACACGCCCACGGCACCAGCUGCAAUUCGCCAUCGAUGAUAUGUCCGUAUUGCAAGACGCCAUCAAGCUCAGUCUGUCCUUCCUCGAUCGCACGCAAGGCCAGAUAAAUUUCCAGGACAGGAAGAAGAUCGAGACGUUUUUGCGGUCGUUCAUGCCGCUAUUCUUCGCGCAAGACGCUUCAACGUUUAAUUGUGUAUUCGUACCGCAUCAUGAGACGGCAGACAGCGAUAUGGAUGUCGAUACUGUCGUUGAUGAAUCUGAAGCUCCCAAUGGCACAGGCAGCGCCCGGGCAGGUAGAAACAAUCGGAAAGCGAACGGCGCAGGAUCCUCUGGAGACCUACGCAAGAAAUUGCUCAAGAGUGAACAGGCCAAGUCCAGUCGUAGAACCCGUGCACACACGGGGUCGCCGUCGGCAUCUCGUUUAGGAUCGCCUGCGGUAUCCGAUGGGAUGCACGUAGAAGAGAAUCAGGCGAGCCCUGUGGUAAGGGCAGACUCAAGCAGAGAGCCGACACCAGGACCAUCAGUCAUUGGCUCUGAAAGACCUCGCGCACGUCGAAGAUACAGCUUCUUCACCAAUACAACAUUCUAUGUGUUCUUUCGCUUGCUUGAGCUACUCUACUCAAGAUUGAAUCACUUCAAGAGCCUGGCAACUAAACUUGCGAAUGGGCCUUCGGCCUCACACAAACCGAAUCAUGUCGCAGCUGAUGUUAGCGUCGCAAGCGAUGCAUAUAUUGUCAGCAAUCCUGCUUCCCAGUUCUACAGCUUGAUGUUGGAGUCGUGUGAGAAGCUCUUCGACAACGAGAUUGAGCAGCAUGCGUUCGAAGACCGUCUUCGUUGGAUGUUUGGCUCCAAGGAUGCCUACAAGAUGUUUACAGUCGAUAAGGUGGUGGGAGCAAUUAUCAAGCAAAUCCAAAAUAUAUUGUUGGAUGCGAAGAGUCAGGAUCUCUUUGAUCUGUUGAGUCGAGAACGAGAGAUCGCAUCGCCUACCACCCAGGAUCAGAUCAAUGCUCGCCGCAACACAGAGAGAGUUCUUGGUCCGGAUGAAAAUCUGUUCCGUUUGGACUGGUUACCUGAGAGUAAACUCGUGACCGUGCAGUUGCUUGGGACGGAUGAUUCCAGUAUCGACGACUCGGAGGUACUCACUGGACGGUGGCAAGCAUAUGUCGAGGCAUUCGUAUCCGAUGAGCCAACUCAGGGUAUCGUCAAAGGUCCUAUCCGUCGGCCAUUUUUGGGAAGAUCCUCGCGGUUACCCAAGUCCGAAAGUGCUCUCCCGGAUAUUGUUGCACAUGGCGGCCUCGAGAUCAAGGUUUGCGUGCGAACAUAUCGGCUAUUUUUCGUGUCCAAUACGGAAGACUUCCUCUUGCAUGCUUCAAGUCGAGACGAGCGUGAGCGCUACCGUCGACAGAUGCAAGUCACGAACUCCAAACGACAAAAAUGGAUGAAGAAGUAUCUUGCGGAUCUCGACAAGACACGAAGUUCUGUGACGGACGACCCACCUACGGCUGCUCCACUGACGACUGUAGAACGUCCACCAACAGGAGAGAUAGACGCUGCUUUAUCUACACGGACUAAGACAUACGAUUCUUCGCCGAAAGAUCCUGUCGAUGUUGAUCAUAGUGUACCUUCUUGA